AUGGCAUGCGGUAGCGGCUUGCACCUUGGGAGAGAAUUGCACUUGAAGCUGUACCAUGACGCGCAAGAUCAGUGCAGUACGACCAUCAAAAGCGUUGAUUAUGCCGCCAAAGGUCUCCUGGAAGACGCGUUCUGGACACAGGCGAAUAUAUACCCUCCGCUCCUUCGCAAAAACCAGAUCGUUCCAGGCACCGAGGACUACUCGUUAACCCUGCAUCUUGCUGCCUUAGCUCUAGGAUUGCGCCAUGCAGACUGUCGCCGCAGCGAACUGGCAAACUUCCGGUCAGAAGGUCGCGAGUCGUCCUUACAUCGCCUACUGCGAACCGUAAUCGAUAGUCAAAUAUCAGCCGCGGACACUCUCGAUGUUCUACAAGCCGUUGUUAUUUUAUCCAAUCUCGAAUAUUCGUCUGGAAGGUAUCUUUCGGCGACGUCUUAUCUUCAUUAUGCAUGUGUGCGUAUUUCGAAACCAGCCAACGAUGUGAUUUCUCACGAGCUGAGCUUUUCUGACAACGAUGUACUCCUCCGACGAGCUGUGCUUAGAACCUGCGAGUUUCUGCAAAUGCAAUGGAUGGUCUUUCUCCCAGAAACUCUUUCUGGACUGCACAUACCGCCAGCGGUUACAGCGAGGCUAUCGCACAACUCCAAAACAAUCCAUUCUUGGGUCAAAUAUGGUGGGACCAAUGACACCUUCUCAAUCUAUCAUGCCUUGCUCGACUUGCUCGCAGUAGUGCUAUCAAUUACACAAAUAUCUGCUCCUCCAGCAGACAGCUACCACGAAACAGUCUUUGCUCAACUUUGCAAGCUGGAGACUAGGCAGGCACAUUUUCGCCGAACCAUCCCAGAACGAUUUCAGUGGCGCAAGGACACUUGGCGAACUGCGUCCGUCCCGAUGUUCCUCCUGCAUUUGCAGUUUUGUGUGGUUUCAGUCCUGCUGUAUGGAAGACUGGCGCAAGCUGCAAAACUCAACUGCAUCGACAAGCUUCCCCAUUCUCUGGACGAAACAUUGGGCAGGUACUACGGUAGACUAAAGCGAGGGGCUGAUAAGUUGGCAUGUUCCAUCCCACGGUUCUUUGAGCGUUUCGACACCCACUUUGCCCCUGCAACCAUGGUGAUCCAACUGGGUGUCGCUUUGAACGCCCUGCUGGACGUGGGUAACACUUAUGGUGUCAAGGAGCAAACUGCCAUCUUACCUGGCCUCAAGUCUUGUGUCACAGCUCUCGACAAACUGUCCCAGCAGCAUAAAUUGGCCCGGGAUCUAACCAGCCUAGCAGGAAAGCAUCUCACUUCACUCCAGUCACUUGUUGAACGUGCUUCCAAGUCCUCAGUGCUAGGCCCAGGGGAAAACAACUCUUUCCCAGGGGAUGCAGCACGUUCCUGGCAAUCAGCAAGCCCACCAGAACUGACCAUAAGUGAUCCGCUUGCAAAUGCAGCUCGGCAUGAUACUAGCACCGUGAAAGCCCAAACAGGACCGCCUUUCACAAUAACCUCGAGCGCGCCGCGGGUACAGUCUGCCGAGAUGCCCAAACCUAUGAUUUGGAUAAGUCAGGCAGCAGUGAUCGAAGAUCCAAUCUUUCCAGCAUAUUCUCGAGAGAUACUGGCACUUUUCAACAUGUAUAGUAACGAGAAGAAUGACAAGCCUGUGGAAAGCUCCCUCGAACCUCGAAUUAGUUGGCGUGCAAACGACACCCACGAGUGGCAUCGAAGGAUAAGCCAACGAGACAUUCCUGAGAAAGUUGCCUCCCCAACAUUUAUAGCAUCCGACCCCCAAAUGAGCAUCAGCCCACCGAAUCCGAUCGGAGGUCAGGGUCCAACAUCGGGAAACGUCUCACAGCCACCAGGUCUCCCAGCAACAGGCGACAAUGAUAACGAGUUUUCCGACCCAGCGGUGCUAGGGUCACACAACUUUGACGUUGAUGCUUUUUGUUCGGCCAUGAACUGCCAGGAUUUCAGUCAACCAAUGGAUUGGAUCCCAGAGCUUGAUUUUGAUUCGUGGAUUGACUUGCCUGUGCCGGACGUACCAGUCCCGCCGAUAUUUGGCGAAAUGGGCACGCAUACUAGAAAUUGA